CAGGUAUUAGUUGAAUCUCACUAUGAAGAACAUCUUGUUGCUUGCUUUUCUUGUAUUGCUGGUGGAAAGUAUUAAUUGUCGCAUCGCAACCGAUGAGUCGACUGAUAUAAUCCCUGAUAAUGGUAACACUGAAGAAAUAAGUGAUGGCAAACAGUUUGAUGGAGAAACACAAAUUAACAAUGACAAUGAUUUUAAAGGUGAUGAAACUGAUACUGAGCCUACAAAGCAAGAUGUUGGUCUGAAAGCAGAAGCAACUCAGGCUGAUGGAGACAAAGAAGUUGCAGAGCAAUCCAUUCAGCUAAAAAUAGGGCAAGGAAAGAAGUUUACCAUCACUCUCUCUCCUGACAGUGGGAGUGGUGUGGUGUACACUCGUUGGGGAAGGACACAUUGUCGUAGUGGAGCAGAGCUAGUCUAUGCUGGAUACACUGGAGGCAGUGGAUUUAAUCAGCAUGGAGGAGGAGCAAACCUCUUGUGUAUGCCAACCAGUGGUGUGGGACAUCUCAGCCAUCAAAACCCUGGACACUAUUCAUUCAUGUAUGGAACAGAGUAUGAAUCACAUAACAGGAUCUGGAGAAACCACGACUGGAACGUCCCUUGUGCUGUGUGUUAUGUUCCUGACAAAUCCACUAAAAUGCAGUUGCCUGGUAGGAUCACCUGUCCAGACUCAUGGACCCAGGAAUAUAGAGGUUACUUGAUGGCAGAUCACAGAGGCCAUCCUCAUAAUAGAGUCUUUGAAUGCAUUGAUGAAGCUGGAGAGAAGAUUCAUGGCAGCAAUCGCAACACUAAUGGUGCACUGCUAUACUUUGUGACACCAGUUUGCAACAGGGGAAUGCCCUGUGGUCCUUACAAUGCCAAUAUUGCUAUAACCUGCUCAGUUUGUACUCGCUAAAAGAAGAAGCAUCAUCAUCUUCAACUGAUUUUUGGAUACGGAACAUUAAUUAUCAUCAUAAACUUUAGACCUGUAGAUAUAAUAGUUUUAGUGUCAGAGAUUAUUUUGUAGCUGUUUCUUUUUAUAGUUGUUUUUUUCAAAGUUUAUAGAAAAAUA